AUGCCCCAGGGGAUAACUUUAGAUGACACCUCAGGACUAGAGCUGGAAGAGCCCGAAGAUAUGACUGGUGCAGAUGAGCAAGACCAACAAGGUCCCAAUGCCCCUUUGCUCCCCUCAUCCCACACCUCUCCAGACCGUGACGACAAUGAUCAUGAUGAGACCCUGGCCUAUGAGCUGGAAUACUCCGGAGGCUGGUUUAUAUGGGCGUUGACCUUCUCCGCUGGGAUAAGCGGUCUACUAUUUGGAUAUGACACAGGUGUUAUCUCGUCUACUUUGGUGACAAUCGGGUCAGAUCUUUCGGGUCAUCCAUUGACAACAAUCGACAAGAGCCUCAUCACAUCUUGCACUAGCCUGUUCGCAUUGGUCGCGAGCCCGUUCACCGGAGUCCUGGCGGACAAGUUUGGUCGUCGGAAAGUCAUACUUGGCGCAGAUCUGUUAUUUGCACUUGGAGCAUUGGUACAGGCCUUUACAAGCCAUGUUUGGGGCAUGAUCUUUGGGCGCAGCAUUGUUGGCCUUGCUGUUGGUAGCGCGAGUGCGGUGACACCAUUAAGUUUGAUUAUGAGAGAGUUGAUGGUGGCUAACAUGCAGGGAAAUCUCUCCAGGUAUAUCUCCGAGUUGGCUCCUUCGCAUGCAAGAGGAAGACUUGUGACGAUACUGAGUCUGUUCAUCACCGGUGGUCAGGUGGUCGCAUACAUAGCUGGGUGGCUGUUUUCCAGUACAACUGGAGGCUGGCGGUGGAUUGUGGGAAUUGGGGCAUUACCGGCCUUUGUCCAGCUUGCCAUUCUCGCUCUGCUACCCGAGACACCUCGAUGGCUGGUCCAGGCUGGAUUCGAUGCUCGUGCGAAGAAUGUCCUGAACAAGAUUUAUAAGGAUUGCCCUGGGUGUGAUCAGGUUGUGGAUCGUGUCUUGCGCAAUAUCAAUGGAGAAAUUGUUCAAGAGGCAUCGGAGAUGGGACAACCCAAGUCUCGCGGCACAAAGCCACAAUGGUUACAUGAUACUAUUCAACGAGGUCAGCAGUUGUUGCAUGGUGGAAACAGAAGAGCAUUGAUUAUAGCAAUGAUGCUCCAGGCGGUCCAACAGCUCUGCGGAUUCAAUAGUCUGAUGUAUUUUUCGGCAACCAUCUUCUCCUCCCUUUCGUUCUCCUCGCCGACAUUGACAUCACUCUCAGUGGCGAUGACGAACUUCGUCUUCACGCUGCUUGCAUUCGUGCUGAUUGACAGGAUCGGUCGCCGGCGCAUUCUUCUGUACUCAAUACCUGUUAUGGUCGUUGCUCUGGUUGUCUGUGCUUUCUCGUUUUCGUCAAUGGACGGCAAAUGGAAUUCAGAACCUCCGACUGACCCUCAAGAAAACCAUGAUAGCCCUAGUUCUCUUGUGCCUAUUUCAAUUUUGCUCUGUCUUACAGUCUAUACCGCAGCAUAUGCUCUUGGACUCGGAAAUGUCCCCUGGCAGCAGUCUGAACUCUUCCCUCUGAAUGUACGUUCUCUGGGGUCAGGACUGGCCACUGCAACCAACUGGGGAUCAAACUUCAUCAUCGGUCUUACAUUCUUGCCUAUGAUGGAAUGGAUUUCACCCUCAUGGACAUUUAUUAUUUAUGCACUCGUUUGUGUGGCUGGGUGGGUGGCUGUAUGGGCGAUCUAUCCUGAGAUGAGUGGACUAAGUCUUGAGGAAGUUAAGGGUCUGUUAGCAAACAGUUGGGGAGUGAGAGAAAGCCUACACCGACACCGUCUCUCACGACAUAUAUAG